CAAGAACAGAUGAUGCUCGUUUCUCGUUGAUCAAGUGGCGUUUUCAGACGUCUAAAAGUCUGUCGGGCCUGGGCUCGUUGCCCUUAAAAUAGUGAAAUAUAUGUGGCCCCGGCCAGGUGCAGACGCUUGUGGGCCGCGAGAGGAAGGCCUGGGCUAUCCUUUUGCGGCCCCCUUCCGCUCCCUUUAAAACCCUAGGUACUCACGCUCUGCCUCGCCCUCCUCGCUGCUCUCCGGCGAGCCCCCAUCCGACAACCCCCUUCCACCACUCCCAGCUCCAUUUAGCCCCUCAUUUGGAGAUCUUUUUCAGAAGAUCCGGGAAAAAUUCGAUAUUUUUCAUAUUCAGAAGAGCAUGUCGGAAUCGGACUGUGACAAACGAACAACGGAAUUGAAUAUUCAGGCCAGUUCUGCACCAAUGGCGAAAAGAGAGGCAGCGCUUGCUGCUUAUUACGGAUAUAAUGAAGGUGAAGAAGGUGCAACCGCAGAUAAUAUGGAUCCUUCCCGUCCUUUUCUAGUUCUCGAGAAAUUCGAUUUGAAAAAGAUCGAUGAGUGGGAUCGUUUAAGAUCUGAGUUUCUUGCCAAGUCUAUACCAAACGAUAUAAUCAUCCCAGACCCUACUCCCCAGCUUGUUAAUAUAAUUUCCGAAGCUGGUGAAGAUCUUAAUAAAUACAUUCAGGCACACUCUGAGAAGCCCCAUGUGGAGGUCCUCGAGCAUGUUUCAUCAAUUCUUAAGGAUCAUGGAUUUUGCCCCACUGGAGAAGGCAUUGACGUUAGAAACCUCCGCCCCUAUAACUGCAAAUUGUCUGACAGAGAGUUAUAUAACAAAGGGCAUGUAAAUGCAGCCAAGGCAGUCACAGAAACGGCUCAUGCUGCAGGGGAAAAGGUGAGAAAGAAACUACCAAGAGGAUGGGAUCCAGAGUAUUCGAGGAGAAUGUUUUACCCAUAUUGGAGAUCAGUGCUAGGAGCUAAAUGUCACGUGAAGGUGUAUCCAUCCUAUGCACCAUCAGAUGCUGCUUUUUGUGGGUUUGAUAUUAAAGAGCUCCGUAACUAUUGGGCUGACUCAACGGGCAAUGGAUCUUCUCAAAAACCAAAACGUAAUCUUGGUGUGUUGGUAAAAAUUCAGCGACCAGCAAGUAAUCAUCAAUCAAUAAGGCCCUUUGGUACUGCUGCAUUCACACUCUUGAAGAAGGUGCUGAGGAAGUAGAGAAUGCAUGACUAGAAAGGCUAGCAGUUAUACGGUUGGGAAGCAAUGUGGAUGUCACAGUUGUUGCAUGCAUCAUCCAAGUGACUCUCAUGGCUUGUGUCAGAUGAAAUGCAGCAUCGACAUUGCACGACACAGCCGGCCGGCCGGUAUCCAACGGACGAACACGAGAAAUGCAUUGCAGAUAAGUGUCCAUUGAAAUAUUGGUCACUCUGGAAAUGUGAGGAUUUCUAGCACGAUUGAUUACGGAUCAAUGACAGUAGACGCUGUUUUAAUCCAAGGGAAAUGACGUUUCUAGCACGAUUGAUUACGGUCAUCUAGAGCUUGCAUCAACAAGUAAUUAAAGACCAAAUAACUGAUCCAAGCGCAUCGCUAUAGAACAGCAUUCAGAGAGCGAGUGAAUGUUUUUACUAAACACAAACGGAUGCGGUGUCUCGCGCUCAAAAGCCCGUAACCGAAGCAUCAACUUUUUUCUUUUUUCUUUUUGGACGAAGCAUCAACUUGCUACUACUGCACGCAUUUUGUUAGGUGGAAUGAAUCUAGCCAUGGAAUGGGAAGUUGGAACCUGAGCGCACUGGUUGCCUUGCAGGUAUAUCGGGCCCAGGAGAACCUUAGGGUGAGCCAAAGAAAAGAAGGCCCUUCACUUAAUAAUAUUUAUUUAGAUCCAAUAUUUAUUAUUUCAGUUACAAACUAGUAAUUUAAAUGCAUUUUAAAUAUAAGCCCUAUGAUAUGGGGAAUGGUCCUAAAAAUAG